GACCCUCGCAGUGAAGGCAAGGAGCAGCCCAUUGCUCAGUGGAGGAGGAUACUGCUGAGCAGCAGCUCCCUAAAGGGUAUUGGAUCAGGGUGGUGGUUUGAGAAAUGAAGCAGGUACACUUCUGACUGCAGAUUUGUCAGACUUCAUGCUGACUGUACUGUCAACCACCCCCUGCUAGCGCUGAAGCGGAGCGGGUAUUUAGACGAGUAAACUUGAUUCAAACUGACUUGCGCAAUCGUCUCCUUGGAGCACAGUCGAGCAGCUGCUGAAUGUGAAGUCUGGGUUACGACGGGUCAAGAAGGUGUGUUCUGCCUUUCAGCCAUCAGCGGAGAUGAAUCAAGCCACGAACAGCGACAUGGAUGAGAAUAGGAAAGUGGAGGAGGCUGACGUAGAGGAUGAAGACAUGGAUAUUGAAUAGGUUUUUCAUGAUAUCUGAUGUAAUAUUUUGAGCUGUGUAUGUCGGGUUUACAGUCUACUUCAAUUAUAUUCAUCUGUUUUUUUUUUUACUUUCAUGUUUCCAAAGUGCAAAACAAAAACUACAACUGCAAAAGAGAAAAGGGAACCGAUUAUCUAGUUUAAUAAAUAGUAGGACGUUUUAUAAGGCUGGAAGUAAGGUUAAAAUAAGGGGAGGGUGGUAUGGGUGGAAUAGGAAGGAGGAAGCAGCAUUAAUAAGGCUUCUUAUAGAGCAUUCAGCUUUAAAGGAACACCUGUAUAGACCUGGAGAGCAUGAGAAUGGGAUAUGUGUGGAGUGGAGUGUAAUGGAAACAGUGGAGCAUCUGAUGGUUGAAUGUGUUCGAUAUAGGAAGGUGAGAGAAGAUAUGUGGAAAGAAUGAAGGGAUUGCAAUAUUUCCAAUAUUUAAAAAAAAAUAGUAUAGGUGAUGGAAGAAAAAUAGAAAACGGUAUUAUUGGAUGUAUUGCAAAAUAUAUUAGGAAACUGGAAGAUUAAAUAUUUAGCAUACAGAGAUUUUAAGUGUUCCCAGUAGUUUUAAUAGCCAAAUCUGAACAGUAGGAGGCGACAAUAAGUUUCGACAGACACUUUGUGGCUAUAAACAAAACAGAAGAGACUCAGCUUAGGCGCAUGCGCACAAAAUCCAUCCGAGAACACCGGCCUGCUGGCGCUUCAAACACACAGCUUCGUUUCUCAAACUGUUUUUUUUUUUUAAUUAAACGAUAUCGUAUACCAGUUUGUAAGACGUGGACGAUAAAAAAGUGAGUUAAGUGAUGUUAUUAAUUAAAAGUAAGUUGUUUGCGAAGGGCGUGUGUGGCAGACGCUUUGUUUGUUAAAUGAACAGGCAUGACGUCAUCAACAAGACCGAGUCAAUGUAAAAUGUAACAAUUAAAUUAAAAGGCGCCGGGAAAAAUCAAUCAAAAAUCAGCAGCUACUAAACAGAAUCCCGUGUGCUGCCAUGGACAGUGUGGAGAUGGAAUCUGUCCAGAUUAAAGAGGACAUCCCUGAAGUAGAGUUUGAGCACAUGGAACCAGGGAAGGAAGAAUCCGAGGACUUCAAACCAAACAUCCCUGAGCUGGAGCCUGUACGCCUGCGGGAGUGUAGCGUGGUCCUGGAGAGAAUCUGCGUGAGAGAGCAAGGCGCUGGAGAGGAAGGCUCUCCCAACAGCAUGCAAGGAGGUGGAAAGGAAGACGGACGCUCCCAUUCAGAAUGCAGUCUAGCAGGUUCCAGUCCAGCAGCUAAAGCGAGGGCGGGUGCUGGAGAAUAUCCUGACUAUGGGAAAGGUUUCACCCAGUUAGGGAAUUUUAAAAUGCACCAGCGAACUGACACGAGAGAGAAACUGUAUUGCUGCUCUGACUGUGGAAAGAGUUUCAUUCAGUUAGGAACCCUGAAAGAACACCAGCGAACUCACACAGGAGAGAAACCGUAUCGCUGCUCUGAAUGUGGGAGGAGUUUCAGUCAGUCUGGAUCCCUGAAAGCACACCAGCGAACUCACACAGGAGAGAAACUGUAUCUCUGCUCUGAAUGUGGGAGAAGUUUCAGUCAGCCAGGAACUCUGAAAGCACACCAGCGAACUCACACAGGAGAGAAACCAUAUCGCUGCUCUGACUGUGGGAAGAGUUUCAGUCAGUCAAGCAACCUUAUUUCACACCUGCGAAUUCACAGAGGCGAGAAACCGUAUCACUGCUCUGACUGUGGGAAGAGUUUCAGUCAUUCAAACCACCUUGUUUCACACCAGCUAAUUCACACAGGAGAGAAACCGUAUCUCUGCUCUUACUGUGGGAAGAGUUUCAAUCACUCGAACAAUCUGAAAAAACACCAGCGAACUCACACAGGAGAGAAACCGUUUUGCUGCUCUUACUGUGGGAAGAGUUUCUGUGUUAAACGAGGCCUUCAAAGACACCAGCUAAUUCACACAGGAGAGAAACCGUAUCGCUGCUCUGACUGUGGGAAGAGUUUCAGUCAGUCCGGAAACCUGAAAAGACACCAGCAAAUUCACAGAGGAGAGAAACCUUAAAGACUAUGUUCAAUGGGACGUUUCACUCAUGAGGAAAGAAAAUUUUCACCUUGCAUUAUGAAUCCCUGUGUAAUUACUGUUUUGUGUAUCACUCUAAAGAGCAUGCAGUUUAAAUGGUAAAAAUGCACUUCAUCUCUCUUGCACUCUUAUUGUGUCAAAGUGGGCUAUGUGGGACAUUUUCCCUGUAUAUGAUAAUACAUGAACGUGUAUUAGAAAUGUAACUGGAUUCAUUAAUGAAGCUGUGUGUCUUGAGAAACAGGGCAAACUGCUGUGUCUUGAGAAGAGGGCCUUUGGCUUGCAGACAUACUGAACUAUGUGACCUACUGAUUAGAGGACCGGUGCCUGAACUGGAUCAGACUGGACGGACAGUUGAAUUAUGGACAGAUAAUUCACACGUGCAACAACAAUUGUGUUGACACAAGGAAGACAUAAACUGGUGAUGUCCCAGUGGAAAAGGACAUAAAAACAUCAAAGGACUGGGAGUUUAAAAAAGGCAAGAUACACAAAUUAUCUCAUGAAAAUGGCUAGUUAGCAGAGUGAGAAAAACUAUAAAUAUCUAGAAAACUAAAUAUUUUGCGCUCCACAUCAAAUGCUAAACAAGGUGCUGUCACUCUGCUAAGCUAAGCUGCAACUCCGGGACUCUGCCUAUAAACAGAACCAAGACGGGACUCUGCCUGAAAACAGACCCAAGACGAGGAAGCAAGCUGCAAGAGAGUCAACGACCCCAAGCAACGAGACUGAGACCCGGCUGGAGGACUGCCGUAAAACUUAGAGACUUAUCAGACAAACCAGUCUGGGUCUGCUGUACACCUAAAACCACAGUAUCCAAAAGAAACUGUGCCCUGCUACCUGCAUAGCUAAAGACAGAGCGGCCGGGCGCUGUUGUGGAUCCUAUACCGAGGACUGAAGACUUUGUUGCAGCUGUUUGUUGAUUCUGUCGAGAAUUGAAUGCUUUGUUGCCAAUUUGAUCCAACGUGGGAUUGAAGACUUUGUUGCUGAGAGGAGAUCUUUUUGUACUGGACACUUCAACAGAUUGAGUUUCCAAAACAGCCGACCAAAAGUCUAAGCUUAAAGGAACCGUUGAGUAUAAUUCCAGUUACAUUUUCCUUUCAUGGAACUAAAUUAAUUCAUUGUAACACAUUCACAUCGAAUUGAACUGUUAAUUGUUUAGUUUGCACACUUUGCGUGUGAAUUAACUUUUAGUGAAACUUGAUGAAGUAACUAUAAGUAAUCUACCUCAUAUUGUUGUAUGAAGAAUUUCUUUAAAAGUAAACUUACCCUACACUUAAUCUAUAUACCAUUAAUAAGCUUAAUGUGAUAUAUUCUAAGAUUGUCUGAAUCAUCUCAGUUGAGGCUGUAUGUGGGCGUGUGUGUGUGUGCGUGUGCUUGGGUGUGGGCUUGUGUGUGUGAGCAAGCUACCACAUCACAGCCUGCUUGCUCGCUGGAGUGCUGCUGGUGUGUGAGGAGACAGGCGGUGUCAUAUUUCAAUUGCCUGCUAGUCAAGUUAAGGCAGUGAGAGUUUUUUAAGACAUUUACUUUCUGACUUUUCUGAUUCCUGUUUAUUAUCUGUGUACUUAAUAAAAUACUACUAUUGAU